UGGUGGAAGGCCACUUCUCCCUGCGAGCCUUCACUUCGGGCACUGAACUCCCACUGGUGUGACCCGCUGUUCUCUCGCCGGUGCAACGUGCUCUGCUCUUCUCUGUUUGCUCUGCACUCACUCAUCAUGGCCUCCGAUGAACCCAAAGCAAAGAGAGCCAAAAUCUCGGAGAAGGAGGAGGAGAAGAAGAAGGAGUCUCCGAACAAAAAGACUUCUGCCAAACUGAGCACUAACUCGCUCUUUGGUAUGGGAAACCCUUUGCUGGACAUCUGUGCUGUAGUGGACAAAGACUUAUUGGACAAGUACAUGCUGAAACCUAACGACCAGAUCCUGGCAGAGGAUAAGCAUAAAGCACUAUUUGAGGAGCUGGUGAAGAAGUUUAAAGUUGAAUACCACGCCGGAGGAGCCACGCAGAACUCUAUAAAGAUCGCUCAGUGGAUGAUCCAAGAACCUCAUAAUGUGGGCACGUUCUUUGGCUGCAUCGGCAAAGACAAGUUUGGAGAGAUCCUGAAGCAGAAGGCUGAAGAGGCUCACAUCGACGCCCAUUACUAUGAGCAAGACGAAGAGCCCACAGGGACGUGCGCUGCUUGCAUCACAGGAGAUAAUAGGUCUCUGGUAGCUAACCUAGCUGCUGCUAAUUGUUAUAAGAAGGACAAACAUCUAGACCUGGAGGAAAACUGGAAGCUGGUGGAAAAAGCUAAAGUCUUCUAUAUUGCUGGUUUCUUCCUCACCGUCUCACUGGAGUCCAUCCUGAAAGUGGCAAAGCAUGCGUCUGAAAAUAACAAGCUGUUCUGCCUGAACCUCUCUGCGCCCUUCAUCUGCCAGUUCUUUAAGGACAACCUCAUGCAGGUCAUGCCCUACGUUGAUGUGCUUUUCGGCAACGAGACGGAGGCAGCAGCUUUUGCUAAAGAGCAAGAGUUCGAGACCAAGGACAUUAAGGAAAUUGCCAUGAAAGCUCAGGCUUUACCCAAAGACAACACAAAGAGACAGAGGAUUGUAGUGUUGACUCAGGGGAAGGACAACACUGUCAUGGCUUCAAGUGACAAAGUGGAGGCCUUCCCUGUCCUGAAGAUCGACCCUAAGGACAUUGUUGACACGAAUGGUGCAGGUGAUGCGUUUGUAGGAGGUUUCCUUUCUGAGCUGGUGCAGGAGAAACCAUUGGAUCAGUGCGUGAAGGCCGCACAUUACGCCGGCAAUGUCAUCAUCAGACGAGCGGGUUGCACCUUCCCAGAAAAACCUGACUUCAACUGACGCAUUUCCAGACAUUUCCUUCAGCCUGAGACCUUGCUCUUACCUCGCCAUACACAAGUCUGACCCAUGAGCUCUGUUUUCUAUAAUUACAACCCCUCAAUUCUCUUAGAGCCAUUUUUUCAAUCAGCCAGCCGUCCAUUAUAUUUCUCAAUCAGUCCGCACAUAGUUUCUUACCGAUAGUUGUUUCGGUGCCUCUUGACAUGUGUCUGCCACUUGGGGCCACUAGAGGAUCAUGAGCCACUACAGGGACUAAAAUGACCAUAGAGGAAUCAUGAUAACAACACGGGAUGUAAAAAUUUGGGAACUAAACACGAAAUUGUGUUUUCAAAGACGUUUUUUUUGUUUUUGCAUCGUUUUAAAUUUAUUUUGGCUCCCGACACUGCCAGCGUCUGGCUGCCAUGUCUCCCACUGACUGCCAUCACACUCUGCUGCGACUUCUAAUGUUGACAUUUCACGAGUGUGUUUUUUUUCCUGCUUCUUCUUGGAGAUGGAAUCAAGGCUCAAGAAGAUGAUUCCACCGUGGGAGGACACACUACACAAACAGAGGAAUAGGGAAUAACCGUCAUGGGAGUUUUCGGGCACUGCUUUGAAAUUGUGCAGAAGUGAUUUGUUUUAGAUUUUGUAAGAUUAGUUAUUCCUUUAAUGCCAGUUUAAGGUUUUAAUUAUAACAGGCCAGUAAUUAAGCCAAACAUUUUUAUUUUAAGUGCACACUGUUUUUUUUAAUUGUGUAAAAGCCUCUGCCCACUGCUGCGUCCAUGUGAUCACUGUUAAAUGUCACAUGUACCAUGUCUGUGAUCCCAGAAGUUACCUUCAAUGUUUGUGGUUUCUAAUGAUAAGUGCCUUUUUUUUCUAUUCCAUCACUGUAAACGUUACGAAGCUUGGAGUAUUGAUUAGUGGAGGCCUACAGAUCAACCAGUAAUGAGCAACUGGUGCUUGUGGGACUGAAGCAUGGAUACACGUCAUUGUAUCUGAGUGUUCUCUGUUCGAGUAAUACAGUGGGUAUUAAAAUGAACCUGAAAAUAGACAUAA